AUGCUAACCUUCGUGCUAACAGUUCUUCUAAUGUGUCGAGUGGGAACGCAAGCCUAUACUCUCAGCGCAAGUGGGUGUGCAGAGAGAGAAACCGUUCCUCUGCAAGUCACCGUGGACGGCAGAGAAUAUAGUCUCCCACAGUACGAGUGCGACGCCUGUGGGAGCGAGUGUAUUCAGCUGUAUAGUACGAUUGGAGGCGCGUAUAUCAGCGGCAAAGAAUACAGUCUCCCACAGUACGAGUACGACGCCUGUGGGAGCGAGUGUAUUCAGCUGUAUAGUGAAAACGCGCAGGGCACAAACAAUAGCGAAGAAACCGCCACUCAGGCCCGGGACUUCAGCGAAGCGUCCAAGAACAACGCAAAUAUAGACCGAGGCGUGAGCGGGAGACCUCGCCCAGAGAGCUACGUGCUGUGUGGCGUCCCUCGACCACUCGCAGGGACGUGCUCCUGCGCCGCCACCUGCUCAGUCAGUGCCAUGGAUCCUCCCGCUGCCCACUCCUUCCUCCUCCUCCUCCUCCUCUCCUUCCUCCUCGUGCCCCGUUGCUGUGUGGCCAUGUACGAGGAGCAGACCCCACAGAUGGAGCUCCAGUCAGCUGUAGUGGUUAAUCAGCUGACGUUGUCGCAGCAGACAGAGGCGUUGAAGGAAUUGCUCAACACUACUCGCGAGAAGUGCACCUGCUGUCACCACGAAGGUAAUGCGUCGACCGCAUCGCUAGACAAGGCUACGGGUGUUCUUUCGGAGCUCAGGGAUGUGCUGUCUGUACUCGCGAAAAAGUCAGGAGGUCCUUGGUGCCCCUACCCGUACACUCAGGUGGUAGACGAGUGCUUCCACGCCCACAGCAAGAAGCUCACUUGGUCCCAGGCGCGUCACGUGUGCAGAGGCAUGGGCGGCGAUCUGGCAGAACCGAAGCACCUCUACGCCCUCCAGACCUACUUGGCUCAAACUUACGGCCCCGGCUACUUCUGGGUGGGCGGCACCGACGAGGGCACCGAGGGGCGCUGGCACUGGGUGUCCGGACGGCCGCUGGACCCUGUCGACUGGCUCUUUUCCCGUCCCGACAACCUGGGCGGUGACGAGCACUGUCUGGAGAUCGUCAUGUCCGAUUAUCCGAAGCUGUUCAACGACGAGACUUGCUCCAUCGCGCAGAGAUUCAUCUGCCAGUACAGAGGCUGAAGCAGUAAAGAUUAGUUUUACGGAAUGA